CUGGAGUAGGUCGGUUUUUGAGUAAUUAAUACAGUUAUAAACAGCACGCGUGUGCACUGUGCAGUAACGAUGGCAGAAUCGGAAUUAGUCUCUUUCGAUUUUGAGAUUUUUGGCAUAGUUCAAGAUGUAUUUUUCAGGAAGUUUACAAAGAAAAAGGCUAAGUCCCUGGGUCUGGUCGGAUGGGUGAGGAACACGGAGCAGGGGACAGUUACAGGAAUAGCCCAGGGUCCACAGGACAAAGUCAAAGUCAUGAAGGAUUGGUUAGAAAAGGAAGGGAGCCCAGAGUCUCGGGUAGACCGAGCAGAAUUCAAAAACGAGAGAACGAUAUCCAAACUAGAAUUCGAGUCGUUUACGGUUCCGGAUCCAGACUACUGACUAAUGUGCCGUUGUCUUCCAGAGAGCUUUAUCGUUUAAAAUGCAUUUAUCAUAUCAUACUCAUAAUAAAACUAAUAAAUUAAUAAAAAUAAGCAUAAUAAAAUUAUUUGACAUGCACAUUUUCCCCCUUUUUUGCCUUCCAAUUUACUUGUAAUUACUAACAAAUCAAUUAGAUGUUUUCAUACAGUUUAUACUAGGUUCUGUAUGUUUUAUGCCCUUUAUACAUGACAUAUACUACAGCAGUGUCUGAGUUAUGAAAUAAAACGAUUGUUGCUUAA